ACACAACAAUUCAAGUGAAGUGACAACUAACAAGGUCACUUCACUUACUUCACUCAACCAAUUAGAAAUACAAAACCCCAUUUUGUGUGGCAAUAACCAUAAAGAUCACAGAAGCUGCAUGGGAGCAGAUUUUCAGGGAGUGGCUCAAGAAAAUGGAUAUUAAAGGCACUCAAAUCGUAAUCCUCACCUCAAAACAUAAACACCCACCAGUACUGUUAGUAUAAUUUCCCAAGUGGAACAUGUCAGGAAUCUUCCAUCUCCGCUCGACCAUCGGGGCCCUGGCAUUUGUUGCAAUCUUCACAUGCUCCCAGAUGGUCACUCUGUCUCAGAGUGCCGACGUGGAAGCUUGCAUACCGGUGGUGCAGGAGUUAUCACCAUGCUUGGGCUUCAUCAAAGGCAGCGACAGCGCGUUUGGCGGCGAGAAUCCAUCACCAUCGUGCUGCACCGGCGUUGGAAAGUUGGUCGACGAUGCUAAAACGAAGAAAGAUAGGGUAGAUUUGUGUGAGUGCAUCAAGACGAGUUUGUCGAUGAUCGGACCUUAUGAUCCGAGUCGCAUCCCUUUGAUUCCGGAAGAUUGUGGAAUUCCCGCCCAAAUUCCCCCCAUCGACAGUUCUACCGACUGCUCGAAGGCUGAGGACUAUCAAUUUGGAAGUGCUUUUUCAUACGAGCUUGAGGACAACCAUAAUCAUUGAGCCCAAUCAACAUAUACUCAGCAAAUCCCAUAUGAUAUCUUUGAGGUUCUUCAUGUUUCAUAAUAAGUCCCAAUAAUCCUAAAUUUACAUACUCAUAGUACUCUUUGUAUCUGUUAUCAAUAAUACUUCUACCUAUAUUAUACUCAUCAA